AUGCAGCUCUUCACAACGAUCUUGCUAGCCUUUGCUGGCUUAUCAGUUGUGAAUGGAGCCUCUGUCGAUGUGGAAAAGCGUGAUGGCAACUAUCGAUCUGUGGCAUACUUUGUGGACUGGGCCAUCUAUGGUCGAAAUUUCCAUGUUCAGAAUUUGACAGACAUGGCGCCAACGUUGACACACCUACUGUACUCGUUUGCUAAUAUCAAUUCGGAUUCUGGGGAGGUCGUUCUUGGAGACAGUUAUGCAGACAUUCAAAAGACGUAUCCUGGCGAUCCUCUUGACGGCAAUGGAAAGAAUGUCUACGGCUGUGUCAAGCAGCUGUAUCUCUUGAAGAAAGCAAACCGAAACUUGAAAGUGUUGUUGUCUAUUGGGGGCUGGACUUGGUCAUCCAGAUUUGUAGGGGCAACUGGCUCAGCAGCAAAUCGUGCCAAUUUUGUAAAGACUGCAAUUGGACUUGUGCAAGAUCUUGGAUUCGAUGGUAUUGAUAUUGACUGGGAGUACCCAGCCGACAGUACUCAGGCGGAUGCCUUUGUGAGCCUUCUUCGUGAACUUCGUGAUGGCUUGGACGACUAUGCUGCGGCAAAUACCCCUGGUUAUCAUUACCUCAUCAGUGCAUCUGUGCCUGCUGGGCCCACGAAUUUCGAAAAAUUGCACAUCACUGCUAUGAAUGAGUACUUGGACAUGUGGAAUGUCAUGGCAUACGACUACAGCGGUUCUUGGGACACCAUGGCUGGUAUGGAUGCCAAUUUAUACCCUACAACAUCAUAUGUCAACGCGACCCCGUUCAACACCGACCAGGCCAUAACAUAUUACCUCCAAUACGGCGCUACUGCAAGCAAUAUAAAUUUGGGAAUGCCCCUGUAUGGACGAGCCUUUACAAACACAGACGGACCAGGUUCCUCUUUCUCUGGCGUCGGAGAGGGUUCAUGGGAAGCCGGAAUCUGGGACUACAAGGCGCUUCCUCAGGCUGGUGCGACGUUGUUUUAUGAGGAUUCGUCGGUUUCAGCGUGGACGUAUGAUAGCUCGCGACGAUUGAUGAUCAGUUAUGAUACCCCUUCUAUUGUUCAAACGAAAGGAGAGUAUAUCAAGUCCAGGGGUCUUGGUGGGGGUAUGUUUUGGGAGUGCAGCGGGGAUAAGACAGGACCAGAGAGCUUGGUUCAGACGCUCGUCAAUACACUCGGUGGUUCUGGUGUACUUCAUCGCAUGGAUAAUCAGCUCGACUACCCAGCUUCUCAGUACGAGAAUAUGAGAAAGGGGAUGCAGUAG